AAUGCCUGCUCAGCAGUGCCCCACCCACUUGAAGGUCUAGCAAGUUUACAAGUGUCCAGUCUAUAUUCUCCAAAGGAUCUCUCCAACAUAAUCAACUGUCAAUCAUAUCAAGCAAUACAAUCGUAUUUGUAAGGGUAUCCUUCACACUGUGCAUACCAUGUCCUCUGACGACAAUGAUCUGAGACGUCAGCUCAAGCAGUAUGGUGUUGAGGUUGGCCCAAUCACUGACUCCACUCGCGAUCUCUACAAACGAAUGCUCCAGAAAAAGCUCAAAGUCCCGGGCAAAAUGAGCAGGCCUGCUCCUAGUCGAGUUGUACAGAAAACCGUGCAAAUUGCAAGUAAUCGAAAUAACGCUGGUAUUCCAAGUAGGAACGUUGGUAAUGUGAAUUCCCCAACUGGCAGAAAUGUAGUUGCAUCUUUGAGCUCACCAAACAAGCCACUAAACACACCUAGAGAUCGUGGGAACUUGUCAGGAGUUUCCUCUAGAGGAGCUGUUAGUGGUUUGCAGCAUGGAUACAAGAGACCUGCCCCCAAUGACUACGAGGCUGAGCCUAAGAGGCCAAGAUUGAAUGUCUAUAAUAGUGGAACAGAUUCUGAGGAAGAUAGGGAGAUAUCUGCACACCCAGUUGCCUCGUCGAGCCCAAAAUAUCAAAGACUUUAUCCAACACUGCCAGAUGAUAUUGACGGAGAGGAGAGUGCUAUACCAGAACAACGGUUUCAAAUCGGCAAGCGAUUGUCAUCUGUCAGUUGGCAGAAAGAGCGGCCCUCACUGUUACACACUCCACCUCCUAAACAGCCUUCUAGUAAUGUCAGUCUGUCACCACCGUCUCCUUCAGCAUCAUUGGGUAGGCGUGAGGGUGGAGGGCUAGUGUCUGCUUUUACCGGAUUCAUUGGAGCAGGAGUGAGAAAUUUGGUCAAACAAAUCGCUUCCCCACGCCAACCCAUCAGGUCAAGUAGAAUGAUCCCUAUUGGAAGCCCGAAAAACCCUCGACCUGUUUUGAAUGUUUCUGGAAGUAGUUCAAAUAUUGGAGCCAGUUCAAGUCGAGACUCGAUAUCGAUCGGUGAAGUUAAUGCACUCGACUUGUCUCUACCGGAGAGUCCACCUCUUGCGCCUGAACCUCCCGACGACAGUAUAGCUCAACAGGAAACCACUGGGUAUGACUGGGAAUUGCAACCUAGCGAUGUUGAGAUUUGCAAGAAGGCCAAUGGAUCUCUGUGGAGGCUUGGAAAGGGUGGUUUUGGCGAAGUGUUCAAGGGACUCAAAGAUUCCGUAGAUGAAGUUGCGGUAAAGGUCAUCCGUAUACAGACCUCAUCUGUUGCAAUUGAACUGUUCAAACGAGAGAUUGACAUUAUCAGCAAGCUUCGACACCGGCACAUACUUCAGUUCUAUGGUGCCUGCAUUCAACCCAACUGUCUAUACAUGGUCACAGAGCUCAUGCAGUCGGAUCUGUUCUCCAAUCUAAGGCGUGACAUCAGAUACAUGUGGACUGGUAUUUACGGCAAAGAAGUUCUCCUUGGAGUGGCCUCUGGACUUCAUUACCUUCACUCCCGCAAGCCCCCUAUCGUUCACCGUGACAUUAAGAGCCCAAACAUCUUACUCAUGGAUGGCAUUGCCAAAAUUGCCGAUGUUGGAAUUGCUCGAAGUAAAUCCGAUUCAGAUAUGACGGCCCAGAAAGGCUACACUAUAGCCUGGGCAGCACCUGAGGUGGUGUAUCGAAGAAGAGCUACCGAGAAAAUCGAUAUCUGGAGCUUUGGAGUGAUCAUAUGGGAGGUUGUGAGUGCAAAGCUCCCUCGAGUCGGCCAUCUUGUUUUACCCUCUCAAGCCCCCCCUCCCUUGCGAGCACUGUACACUAUGUGUGUAGAUGAGGAUCCCAACAAGAGGCCCAGUGCUGAACAAAUCAUCAAGAAACUCAAGGCUAUCAAAUGAACCAGACAAUUAUGUCAUUUCUCUAUAUCAUUUGUAAUGUACAUGUUCUUUAUUUUAGUGACACUUGCCAUGCAUUUCAUUGUACAUAAAAUAAAAGUAUGUUCCAAAUUUUUGGAAAAGAUUG